AUGUUCGAUGAACUGCUUGAGAGAGUUGGCCCUAGGAAUCAGAAAAAAGAUACAUGCUGGAGAAAAGCGCUACAACCAGGCAUCAAGCUCGCCAUUACUAUCAGACAUCUUGCUUCAGGAGAAAAGUACCAUAAUCUCAUGUAUAACUUCAGAGUUGCUAAGAAUACGAUAGCGUGUCUCAUACCUGAAUUUCUCCAGGCCAUUUGUGAGAAAUUUAAAGAUGAAGUAAUAAAGUCUCUUGACGAAUGGUUUCUCAUAGCAGACCAGUUCAAAAACAGAUGGAAUGUUCCAGAUUCAUGCGGUGCACUAGAUGGCAAACACGUGGCCAUCAGAUGUCCCCCAAACAGUGACUCGCUUUACCACAAUUACAAGCACUUCUUUUCCUUAGUGCUACUAGCACUGGAAGAUGCGGAUUACAAAUUUCUAUGGAUCGACUGCGGAGGUCUUGGUUCUAUGUCUGAUGCUCAAAUUUAA